AUGAUCCCAAACAAAACUAUCUUGGGGACGUCCUAUGCACGUUCUCGCAAGUUCAAUAGUCGCAACCUUGAACAUUACUGGUACCCACUGUGGGCUCAGACAUUCUCUGAUCUAGUGGCGAACGCGCCAAAAUUGAUCGUGGCACCUCAAUUCCCUAUCUGGUUUGUGGAUAACCAUGGAUCUCAACAGUCGCAAGAUGAUUCGGAAGACGAUGGUCCCGAAGACAUGGUAGAAAUAGCCCAGACAAAGCAGGAUGACUCGGGAGCCAUAGAAGCCGAGAGUGGGGCGGUGGACUCCUCUGUCCUAUCCAAGUUGACCGUUCCUCAAAGGAAAGCCAAUCAAGUGGUGGUGGAUUUUGCGAUCAUCCAUCUUAUGCCGCAGCAGGAGGACGAUGGAGAGUGGGAAAUAGCCGAGGCGAGCGUUGUGCUUCUUGUGGAAGUGAAGAGGUCUGUGAGCAGGAGUGUGCAAGACGAUAAUCUGGAUGCGAAAGUUUUGGAGCAAUUGACAAAAGCCCAAAAUGAUCUGAAAAAACAAGCAGCGCAUCUCUUUCUCAGUGAUGAAAACAAGCAAUCCAUCCAGGUCAUUUCUGCCGCAGGUCCCUAUUGGAGCACGACCACAAUCAACCGUGCCGACGUUCAAUUCACCAUGCAAGAUCUUUCAGCAGACUUUGAGCCCUUCCAAGAACUCGUUGACAAUCCGCUGGAUUGGACUGUACCCGUUCGCAUCGGCAGUGAAGAUUCUGACGCAGGUCUUGACAACAUUUUCAACUAG